AUGCCUGAGACGCGUCGGAUCCUCGCCCAGGGCAACGUGCGUUUCAUGAAGAGCGCGUUCGUCAAACAGGCCUUGGGCGAGCAGGUCCUUUGGACCGAAGAAGACAGGUCGGUCGUCGUCCGCGACGGGCACUCGGUCACGAUUCGGAUCUAUCGCCCCAAACCAUCACAUCCACAUCGAUCCGGGGCUUCUGCCCGACGACAACCGGUCAUGGUGUAUGCACACAGCGGAGGGUGGUGCAUGGGUGGACUGGACACGGAGGAGUUCCUUUGUCAGCUCCUGGCCGUGAGGCUGGGCAUCAUCGUCGUCAGUGUCGAUUACCGCCUCGCCCCGGAAUGGUCGUAUCCUACGUGCGUCUACGAUGUUUACGACGUGAUCAAAUGGGUGUCAGUCAACGCAGAGACGAUCGGGGGAGAUCUGUCCAGAGGCUUUCUGACCGGCGGUGCGUCAGGGGGCGGGAAUCUGACCUGCAUGGCCACCAUUAUGGCGAGAGACGACAAGCUCCAGCCUUCUCUGAGCGGCCAUCUCCUCAUCUGCACCGGCAUGCCGCAUGACUUCACAGACCGCAAAGGCCACAACGUGGUCCUCUUUCCGGAGAAGUUAUCAAGAGGGAGUUGGGAAAGGUAUAAGAAUGGGCCGGUGGCGACUCGGGAGAUGAACAUCCUCUAUGGCCGUAAGCACGCAAAGUCCCACGCUUUUUCUAACUCACGACUAACCAAGGACAUAGAAAUAUCCAAUUUCGACGCACACAGUCCCAAUGUUACCCCCUUGACCCAGACAGACUUCUCCAAACUAGGCCCGGUGUUCUACCAAGUCGCCGAGAUGGACAUCUGGAGGGACAGCGCGGUCUUCUACUGCGACAAGAUCAAAGAGGCAGGCGGCCAGGUCAAGGUGGAAAUCUAUCCCGGCGUCCCGCAUCUCUGGUGGUCCAUGUACCCGCAACUGUCGAUCAACAAGAAGUGGGUUCACGAUCUGGUCAACGGCGUCGAGUGGCUGCUGAGCCAGAAGACGCGGGAUGCUGCUCCUCUCUCCUCCAGACUCUGA